AAAGAAAUUCAGCCGGCCAGAUUAUUGGCCUGUAGCUGCGGAUCCCGUCUAUUCUAUUUUCCACCAACACCUCUUUCCUUUUGUUUCCGGUCGGAAGUCAUUUGAGAAUGCUCCCGGAAGGCGGAAGUAAAGCAGACGGAAGUUGGGGCGAGGCGAGGAGGAUGGCGGCUGGAGCAGCAGCCAGGCUCUGUACAGUUUGGGGCUGGCGUUGGGGAUGCCAGAGCUCGCGGAUGGCGGGGAGCUUGAGCCCUUUCCCCUCAGUCCUCCUGUUGAUUCUGCUCUUACUUCUCUCACCCGCUCCCCAACCCGCGGCCUCUGACAUCACCAACGGCAACAAUGAGCACCUGAAGCGCGAGCAUUCGCUGAUUAAACCCUACCAGGGGGUUGGAUCCAGCUCCAUGCCCCUCUGGGAUUUCCAAGGCAGCACCAUGCUUACCAGCCAGUACAUCCGCCUGACUCCCGAUGAACCUAGCAAAGAGGGGUCUAUCUGGAACCACCAGCCCUGCUUCCUCAAGGAUUGGGAGAUGCAUGUCCAUUUUAAAGUCCAUGGCAUUGGGAAGAAGAGCCUCCAUGGAGAUGGCUUUGCUCUGUGGUACACCAGGGACCGCCUUAUGCCAGGUCCUGUAUUUGGAAGCAAAGACAACUUCCAUGGAUUGGCCAUCUUCCUGGACACUUACCCCAAUGAUGAAUCUACUGAGCGUGUAUUCCCAUAUAUAUCAGUGAUGGUGAAUAAUGGCUCCCUGAAAUAUGAUCACAGCAAGGAUGGAAGAUGGACUGAACUGGCAGGCUGCACAGCUGACUUCCGCAACCAAAAUCAUGAUACCUUCCUGGCUGUGCGCUACUCUCGAGGCCGCUUGACAGUGAUGACGGAUGUGGAAGAUAAGAAUGAAUGGAAGAACUGUAUCGACAUCUCUGGAGUGCAGCUGCCCACUGGCUACUACUUUGGUGCCUCGGCUGGCACGGGUGACCUUUCUGACAAUCAUGACAUCAUCUCAAUGAAGUUAUUCCAGUUGAUGGUGGAACACACUCCAGAAGAGGAUAACAUUGACUGGACCAAGAUCGAGCCCAGUGUCAGCUUCCUCAAGUCACCCAAAGACAAUGUGGACGACCCCACAGGGAACUUCCGAAGUGGUCCCCUGACAGGGUGGAAGGUGUUCCUGCUGCUGCUCUGUGCCCUGUUGGGUAUCAUCGUGUGUGCCGUGGUGGGAGCUGUGGUGUUUCAGAAGCGACAGGAGAGGAACAAGCGUUUCUACUGAUUUGGUGUGGGGAAAGAGGAUUGGAUGUGGGAGAAGGGGAGCCUGCCCCAGGGGUUCAGGCAGUAAUGUGAACUUUUCUACUUGGGGAUUGUACAAAAAAAAAAAAAACAACCUUAUUUCUUAACCUGUUUGAAAGAAAUAAUUUUAAAGUAUUUUCGUACAUUUUGUUUCUAGCCCAAGUUAGGGCAAGUGACGAGAACUUGGGGACUGUGGCCUAGAGUCAGUUCAGCCUGGAGAGUGGAGAAAAGAAGGGAAGGAGAAAAGCCUGGCUUAUCUGGUCUGUGACUGGGCCUUAGUUGCUAUCUCCUGCCCCAUGGAUAGGUCCUCCCCAUCCUAGCUCUGAGCCCAGCAACAGUGAAAGGAAGCUGUUUAUUGAGUGCUUAUCCCUGCUUUUGUCCCCUGCUUGGGCUUUGGGGCAGUGUGUGCUCUCUAGGAAGAGGCAUUAAUGUUGGUGACUUGUCUCCACUUUUACAGCCUAUUAACAGCAGGGCUCAAAAGUGCUAGCAGGUAUUCCUGGUUCUGGGGUGUCCUUCCAUCUACCUCCUGAACCAGACCCAGGGCCAAGGAAAGGUGGUCAGGGCUGCAGCCUGGACUUGAUGUGAAAUGAAAGAAUGCCGUGAGUGAGGCUGCAGCUCUGGAAAGCAAUGGACUGUGAAGUUUUGCAUAAUAAAGUGAAUAACCAAACUCA